AUGACUCGUAAAAGUCUCCCCUUUCGCCCAAGCCUUGCCAAUUUCCACACCCACUCGAAAAGGUCCGCACUACGUGACAACGAUCAAGUUCUGUUCCUGGAAGACACUGCAGCGCAGCAGCCAUCACCAAUCGUAACCCUGGCUGCUGUCCGAGCGCGAGCCAGCCCAAUUGGGGAACCGGCUGACCCCGCCACUUGUGCACUCUUCCCAGCGAGAUGGUCCGUCCUCAACUCGGACCCGACUUUGUCGACUGCUUCGACAGAAUCGUCACGAUCAGCCAUGAAUAUCUUUCGCGAUUUGUCCAUCCGCCAAGAGAAUGGCAGCUCACCGAUGGAAGGGUUCAACGCGGCCCAAAGGAAGGCAUUCGGGGUUAACGGGUCAUUAAUUAUUGUCAUAGUCUUCGUUAUGGGAGUCAGGUUAUACACAAGGUUCGCCAUCACGAAGUCUAUUGGCGCUGACGAUUUCUUUAUGAUCGCUGGAACCUCCCUCUACAUCUCUCGAUUGUUCUUCGCCGUCGGCAAUGUGCUCGUCAAACUCGGUCUUCUAUUAUUCUAUCUGCGUCUAGAUAACCGACCAAAGAUGCGAUGGACGGUUUACGGACUCAUGGCGGCAGUGAUCGGAAUGGGAAUCUGUCACUUCGUCAUGUCGGCGAUCGAGUGCAAUCCCGUCGAGGCAUUCUGGGAUGCCGCUGGGGUGAUUGUCAUUGUCACGGACAUUUGUCUUUGGAUCUGCCCGAUUCCCAUGAUUUGGGGUUUACAACUUCCCCAGCGACAAAAAUGGGCGGUCUCGGCAGUGUUUGCUCUCGGAGUGGUUUGCGUCGCAGCAAACGAACCCGAGAUAUACCGACAAUUCGCCAGCUCACUUAUCUGGUACGCUGUGGAGCUUUACGUCGCCAUCUUUUGUGGGUGCUCGUCGGCACUAAAGGCAUUCUUCAAGACGUUCUUUCCGGCUCUGCUGGGUCUUUCAUCAUGUAAAACAAAGUAUCCGCUGGGGAGUAACGGUAGGGAUGGUCAGGGAAAGGGGACUCGAUCUUCGUAUCCUCUGCAAAGUCUGCCGAGUCGCCAUACUGGGUACAAGGCUACCAUCACGUCGAACGGGAGAGGAAGGGGAGGGGGGACGGAUAUCGGAAAUGAUUCGAGAAACGAUAGUGAAGAGGCCAUCAUACACGGAGCUCCGAGCGGCUGGGAAACUACUAAGGGAGCGGAAGUGUAG